UCCAAACCCUAGCCCACCCGUACCGGAGCCCAACCAACGCCGCCGCACGCCCAAACCCCUCUCGCCAAAUAAAACCCGACCCCGUUCAAACCCCGUUUGCCUCCAAGCUCCCGAAUCGCAACCCAACCCCCGCCGUCGAGCCAUGGCUUCCGUGGCGGGCGCGGAACCGACGGUGCUGGGGCUGGGGCUCCGCAGCGGGAGCGGCGCGUGGGGCGCUGGCGGAGGAGGACGGGCCGCGGCGCCCGCGGUGAAUGCGGCGGAGGACGCGCCGGAGGUGGAUCUCGACAGGCACCCGUCCGGCCUCGUCCCCACCCUCCAGAACAUUGUCUCGACAGUCAAUUUGGACUGCCAGUUGGAUCUGCAACAUAUAGCCAACAGCGCUCGUAACGCAGAGUAUAACCCAAAGCGUUUCGCUGCAGUUAUCAUGAGGAUAAGGGAUCCCAAGACAACGGCACUGGUAUUUGCUUCAGGGAAGAUUGUUUGCACGGGAGCAAAGAGCGAAGAGCAUUCAAAGCUUGCCGCGAGGAAGUAUGCGCGAAUUGUCCAAAAGCUCGGCUUCUCAGCUCGGUUCAAGGAUUUCAAGAUCCAGAAUAUUGUUGGGUCAUGUGACGUCAAAUUUCCUAUUCGUCUGGAGGGCCUUGCUUUGGCCAGUGGCAUUUUUGCCAAUUAUGAGCCGGAGAUCUUCCCUGGGCUGAUCUACCGCAUGGCGGACCCCAAGAUCGUGAUCCUCGUCUUCGUCUCUGGCAAGGUCGUCCUCACCGGAGCCAAGGUCCGGGAUGAGAUAUACACCGCCUUUGAGAACAUAUACCCGAUGCUCGUGCAGUUCAGGAAACGGCAGCAGUAUGGAUAGGACGCGGUACACCUGGCAAAUGGCACGAACACCUCCGUUGGGUAUACGCUUCAGCACUGUACAAGUGUACAUAACUGGAUGGGGUGCCGGAACUCGUGGGCACCGACCGCUGGCGCCUAUUUUCUUUUUCAGUCUUGUUUUUCUGUUUUGAUGCGGACGAGGAUAGGAGGGCAAUUUGAUACGAGAAAGAGCAUGUAAAGCGAUACGGCCCUAGAAUAGAUCUUGUAAAAGAUCAUAGCAAUCAUUGGAUAACACCAUGAUCAAUUGAUCAUG